AUGCUUUCUACUGCUCUCAAAUUUCUCUCUGUUGCAUUGUUGAGCUCUCGCGCAGCAGCUCAAACAAUCGAACCGUUUGUCCUCGAUGGCAGACUCGAUAGUGCUACUGCUAGCGAUGGCACUUACAACUCUGGCGGUACCAUUUCUGUCAAUGGCUAUUCUAUUACGAUCCCGCAAAACCUCCAAAUACAAUUCCCGGCUGCGUUUGCGCCCUUCGGUGAUUUUGCGAGUGCAGGAUCCUUUGUUGGCCAUGAAGUAUCCGUGACUGGAAACGUAGUCAAUGGCAAAGCAAUUGCAGGUCUUGUACAGAUCGGGGAAUACCUUUUGCAGUUCAGCUCUGGUACGGUCGAGAGUAUCGACUCUUCUGCUGGCACCAUGAAAAUCAAAGGUGGCCCGACCAUCAGGAUCAACGAUCCGAAUGGCGUGUACUCCGUGGGCUACACCAAAUCUCCUCUCUACACUGCAGACGAUGAGAAUCCUUCCAUCACAGCAUUCAGCGGCUUCCCCAUGUGUAUACCAAGGUCCUCGUCUGAUCCUCUGUGUCCAUCGAGCAACCGCCCAGCAGGACAAAGCACAUUCCAAGCACCCGAUCCACUGAAAAUGGCUCCCUUCCAAGUUGGUGACUACCUCGAAUACUCUGGCAUAAAUGUUGGCGGCACUAUUGUCUGCUACACGAUUGUUGCUCCAAAUGUACAGAUCACCACUUCAGGGGCGCCUACAUAUAUCCGUGUUGAGGAUGCUAUUGUUGGCAUUUUCGAUGGCACUACCACGUCAGAGUUUGGUGAUUCGAGGUUUAUCGGAUAUACGUCCGACCCAAACGCCGCCAUCACAGUCUACGCUAUCGAUGUCGAUCCUUGCACUGGUGAAGAGACAGAGCGAAGCGUUGGCGCUGCUUCGUACAAGAGAGGCGAUGUUCGCAACAAGUGGGAAUGGAGGGCCGCUACUACCACAACAUCGAAAUACACUCGCGAAUACGUCCUCCGCCUGUCUACAGGCGAGAAGCUUACAAACAACAAGAUCAACGCCGGCCGUUAUGUCCAACCCGUUCUGGAGUUCCUCUUCCCAGAAGCAAAUGUUCCCGGCAUUGUUCCUCCUGUGAAUGAUUUCAGCAACUUUCCCUUUCUUGCACAGGGUCUGGGAUACGACAAUCAAGGCAAUCUUUGGGGUCAACUCAAUCCUUGGCCGGGUGCCAGUGCUCCUGCUACAAAAAGCUGUGCUCCAUACUCUCCUCCUGCUUCUACUUCUUCGACUGCCGGAUCUGCUUCUGCUGCAGCAGGCACAAGUGGAAACGCCAACGUCACCAUUGUCAGCGAUCCUGCUGUCAAGGAUAUCGUAACGAUCGACAGCUACACAUACAACUCUUCGGGAGGCGGGCAGGUCACAGUCACUGCCAGCACAAACAUUGUCGGCUAUAAUGCGAAUCUGAAGUUGUAUCUGACGAACGCGGCGACUGGGACAGCUACUACAAUGACAUAUCUUGGGAAUGGCAAGUACAGUAUUAGUCUGACCAAGACUAAGAAGCCAGCAAAUGGUAUUACUGUCGCGAGUGAUGGAGGUGGUAGCAAGAGCACAACACAAGUAACAGCGUAA